UUGGAUGUAAAGGUUUCCUGUGUGAAUACACAGGCCAUUGUAUAUACAAUGACUUAGAAUGCAAUGAAAUUCCAAAUUGCGGAAUGUAUCAAAAGGAUGGGAAAUGGUUCAAAGAUGAGUCAGAUGAAACAACAAACUGUUCUUUCGGAACAAGCUAUAAUCUAGCUCAUAUUGGUACAGGUAUACUUCUUGCCUUGAUUCUUCUCCUUGGUAUAGCCUGUUAUAUUUAUUAUCGUGAAUAUAAACGUAGAAAAAAUAUGCCAUUGGAUCCACUGACAGAAUUAACUAGUUCAAAGCAUUCACUGGCAUUAAAUCAACCUGCGCAAAAAUUGAAUGCACAUUGUUCAAACAAAAAACAUCCACUACACAAACAUCAUAAUUCUCAGACUGCUGGAUUAUUGUGCGAUUCGUCAAAUGAGAAAGAAAUAGUCUUUACUGAUAGUGGUUCGGUCAAAAAGCACCAACAUCACCGUCACCAUUACCAGCAUCAACACAUACCACACUCACAUCAAAUUCCACCGCAUACUCACUCUCAUCGUCAUUAUCAUCACAAUCAUAAUCGAAAGAUGUUUGAACAAGGCGGACAUUCACAAUCGAUCAAUACACAGCAUGUUUAUCAUGCUGCACACUUUCUAUCAGAUAAUCAACAUGAUCACUUUCGUACAAAUCGGUCAAAUAGUAAAAUGCAACACAGAACGCCAUCACACUCAGGAUCUCUCGUUAAAAAUGGUGGGGGUACAGUGAUAUCAGAUUCUUUGCAUAGUAGUACAGGUAAUAAUACAGGUGGAUUAUUUGUUGGGGGGACAGGAACAAACAUGCCGACUAACAUAGAUGGAGGUUUACUUAUCAGAGAAAAAAUGCAGAAAAUAUCAAUAGUUUAAUUUUUGAGAAUAAAGAAAAUCAGCUGUAAAUAAAUUUGUAUCCUGUUCUACUUUAUUUCUUAAUCAUUAUGUCUCAGAUGUAACUCCAAAUUUCAUGUGUUCUAUAGUUAAACAGGGACAUUUUUAUUAUUGCUAUUAUUAUCAUUAUUAUUAUUAAAUAUAUAAAGGAGAAUCCUCUUAGACAGUACACUUGUGACUACUAAUCAUUCCAUUGUAUCUCUCUGCUAACCGCAAACUAUUCAACAAGGCACAGAGUAUACCUACAAUUCAGGAUACAAAAUACGAUAGUUUUUUCUUUGUUCCUUUCUCUAUUUAUCUACUGUCUUUGUGACUUACCUUCUGCUAACUUCACUAUUGUUUUUCCACUGUAAAAUUGGCCGUUCAGUGUAGUGUAUGUCUGUAUGAAUUCUUAGUAUUCUCUUUGCUGUAUUUUGGAUUAGCCUGACAUACGGUAUGUUACCAAUUUUUAGACGCCGUUUUUAAAGUAUUUCAAUAGUCUGGCAUUUUCAAACUUAUUUUCAUUCUGUACUGUGAGUGUAAAUACUGCAGUUAGUCAUGUUUAAAAUCAUUUGUAAGCAAAGCUUUGUUUUUGUAUAAAGGCAAUCAAAACUACACACUAUUUUUUCGUUCUUCUUCACUUUCCUCCUGUUUUCAUUUUCCGCUUUGUUAUUUUCACUCCUUUUUAUGGUUUAUAAAUUUCCCAUAUUUACUGAAAAUGGUGAUAUUCUGACGACCUUCUUGUUGGCAAUGAAUUUUUGUAAGAAUGCAUUUAUCUAAAGUUAUUGAUUAUUUUUCAGUCCUUCGUUUACUUUCAUGUGAAGUGAUGGAGCACAUAGUUGCAAAGGGGUC